AAAUUUUAUAUUAGAGUGCAGUGUAUGGUGGGGGAGUGAUAGAUGCUAAAAGAUGGAUAAAAUAACCAAUAAAACUGUCCAUUCUCCUCCCCAUAAAUCUCUCUCUCUCUCUCUUUCCUCAAAUCCCAUCUUCUUCUUCUUCUUCUUCUUCUUAAUAAGCUCCAUUGGAUUUAGAGAUUCUGAGUGAUAACUGGCAAUGACAAGUAAGCUUAUCCAGCCACCAUCAAUGGCAGCGUCACGAGGAGCAAUCUCAAGAAGAGCAGGAAACGUGAAAGUGUUAGUCUCGUUCACCAAUUCUAAUAGCAAAACGCUGAGUUUUAGAGAUAAAUCAUUUAGGCUCAGACCCAUGUUCAUUGGGAAAGUCACAGAACAGAGCUCUGCUUCCUCCCCAAAUGAACAAGAACAAGAACAAGAAGAAGAAGUUACAGUUACCCAGAUUAAAGAAGAGCUCUACGAAGCUCUCAAAGGGAUCAAUAGAGGGAUAUUCGGAGUUAAGUCAGAUAAAAAAACAGAGAUCGAGGGAUUGGUUAAGCUUUUAGAAUGUCGGAAUCCGACACCGGAGCCGACCGGAGAGUUAGACAAGAUCGGAGGUUGUUGGAAACUCAUAUACAGUACAAUCACUGUAUUGGGUUCUAAAAGAACCAAAUUGGGUCUUCGAGAUUUCGUCUCUCUCGGUGAUCUUCUUCAACAUAUCGACAUUGCUCAGGGCAAAACGGUCCAUGUGUUGAAAUUCGAUGUCCGGGGAUUGAAUCUACUCGACGGAGAGUUUAGAAUCGUCGCUUCCUUCAAGAUCUCUAGCAAAUCGAGUGUUGAGAUUACUUAUGAAAGCUCAACGAUCAAGCCAGACCAGUUGAUGAACAUAUUUAGGAAGAACAUGGAUCUUCUUUUGGGAAUCUUCAACCCCGAGGGACUAUUCGAGAUUUCAUAUUUAGACGAAGAUUUACAAGUAGGCAGAGACGGGAAAGGGAAUGUUUUUGUUUUGGAAAGAACAGAGAAACCUUAAAAUCUUUAUACGAAAAAAUGUUUACUUCAUUUUUCAAACUCAUUUCCAUAAGAAGAAAUUGCUUGUUUCUCAAGAAAAUUUUCAACUUUUUCUUUGGUUUUGGGUUAUGUUGUAUUAGAUAUGCUGAUAUACCUUUCAGUAUUUCAACUUUUUUUUUGGUGGGAUUUAGAAAAAAAAAAUCUAGAUUAGUCUCUUUUUUAUCUUUGGAAUAUUUGUAACAGUUCAUUGAUUAUUGACAUAAUUGAUUGCUCAAUAAUAUAAUUUACUAUUAGCUUUCUCCCA